AUGGAGCUUUCACUCUUACUGUUCGCCUCCGUUCUGCUGUCACAUCUCACCUCUGCCCUUCACCUGGACGGCAACUUCAUCGACGACCAUACUCCGGCGGGCUUGCCUACAAGCGAGAUGCUACACCUCUCCGCCGUUGUCAACACUCCUAAACCUCCAUAUCACGCAGUCGUCGAAUGCUGGGAGCUUUCGUCGCCGUUCAUACAGUACCCUACUGUCGGGAAAGCUCUAAGUCUCGGCGACACUGCGAAUGCGACGUAUGUUGUUCUCCCACCAUACAGUGCGGAGGGCUGGCAUCGGCCACCGAGUCCUAUGUUCUUCAUCCUCCUCUCCGGCCUAGCUCACGUCAAGACGUACCCUCCUGUGCCUCUCACAACCAACGUCAACACCGAUACCAAUGCCGGACCCGACCUCGAUGUGAGCGCGCAGCAGCAGGAACAGCGCCAACAAGUCCUCCUAGACCCCCAAGAACCGACAGAGUCACUGUACAUCGUGUCGGGCGUCACCCCUCUAAUCAUUGCCGCCGACACGGACACGCGCUCACCAGGGCAUCUAACGUUCUACCCCAGUGAUACCGAGACCGUCGCAAUGCAGGUCCCAUUCAAGCAGGGGAAAGUGCCCGGGCACAAAGUCCUGUAUGGCGGGCCAUGUCGGAGGCGAGGUGAGGUGAGGUGAUCUUCAUUCUGAGCUCGAGCUCAUUCGCCUCCACGUCCACGUCCACGUCCAAAACCCAACUUCUGGACACUAUUUGAAAGAAUCAUGCUGCACGCACCCCCAACCCACCACAUUCACCUCGCUGGGUCGGAUACUCGGGUUCAUUGAACUUGGCCAGGUGCGCCUCCUGUACUCAGGAGCAACGGCGCGAGUGCUUGAUCAAGCAGUUUAGGAUAUCAGAAGCGAGCCUGCAAAAGGCAGAAUGCACAUCGAAGCUUCGGGUGGACAAAUCAGGUCGAGCAGGCCAAGAAAAGGGCAAGGAAUAUACUUGGUCGAAUCUAUCGGCAACC